CGCUCCCGGCGGAAGUGGCGCACGCGGAAGGAGCGCGGAGCGGCCGGCCCGGUUUCCGCAGGGCAGCGCCGGGACCCCCGAGCGCGGCCGCCACCGCCCCCAGAGAUGUUGCGCGGCCUGGGCAGCUGGCUAGGGCUGGAGCGGGCCGGGGAGGAGCAGCUGCUUCCCGCCGGGAAGAGGAGCAGUCCUGAGGAGGAGGAGGAGGCGGGUCCGGCCGCGCAGGAGCAGGAACAGGAACAGGGGGAGCUGCAGGAGGACUCGGAGGCGCUGCUCAGCCAGGCCAAGGGGCUCGGCAGUUACCUCUUCAAUUUUGCCACUGCUGCUACAAAAAAGAUAUCCGAAUCCGUUGCCGAAACAGCACAGACAAUAAAGAAGUCUGUAGAAGAAGGAAAAAUUGACAGUAUCAUUGAUAAGACAAUUAUUGGAGAUUUUCAGAAGGAACAGAAAAAAUUUGUCCAAGAGCAGCAAACCAAAAAAUCAGAAGCCGCAGUGCCUCCCUGGGUAGACAGCAAUGAAGAAGAAACAAUUCAACAACAAAUACUGGCCUUAUCAGCAGAUAAACGGAAUUUUCUGCGGGAUCCCCCAGCAGGUGUGCAGUUUAAUUUUGACUUUGAUCAAAUGUACCCUGUUGCACUGGUGAUGUUGCAAGAAGAUGAACUUCUCAAUAGGAUGAGGUUUGAUCUCGUUCCCAAACACGUAAAGGAGGAGGUGUUUUGGAGAAAUUAUUUCUACAGGGUGUCCUUAAUUAAACAGUCUGCACAACUCACUGCACUUGCAGCUCAACAGCAAGCAGUAGGAAAAGAAGAGAGCAAAGGCAGAGAAGAGGACAGUGAACUGAAAGAAACAGUACGGCCGAAAACACCACCUGUUGCAAUAAAGCCUCAAAUAAAAUCUCAAGAGGAUGAGGAAGAGAUUUCCACAAGUCCAGGAGUAUCAGAAUUUGUGAGUGAUGCUUUUGAUGCCUGUAAUCUGAAUCAGGAAGACCUAAGAAAAGAAAUGGAACAACUAGUGCUAGACAAAAAGAAAGAAGAGACUUCAAUAGUAGAAGAAGAAACUGCUGAUUGGGAGAAGGAAUUACAACAAGAGCUUCAAGAGUAUGAGGUGGUGACAGAAUCGGAAAAGCGUGAUGAAAACUGGGAUAAAGAAAUAGAAGAAAUGCUGCAAGAAGAAAAUUAAGCUUUUUCACAAAAUUACUAUAACCCAAAGCUUUUUCUGAAGACUGACAUGGAUUUCUGCUUUCAUAUUUUGCUUACAGAAAUAUCUUCAAAAGACAUAAAAGAAUCUAAAAUCAUUAUAAUUCCAUAUGGGAAUACAACCAGUAUUUCUGUUCUUUAUAUGAGCAGUUUCUGAACUUCUAUAUUCUUCAAAAGAAAAAAAGAGGAGGCAGACACUGCAAGUUAUAUGCCAUAAUUAAAAGUGAUAACAUUAAUACAUGAAGCAACAGUUCAUGUUUUUAGGUGGUCAAGAAGCUCUUCAAAGAGAUUUCUAAACAUAAGAAUCAAAUUUUUUUUUGUCUACAGCCUUCUGUUUAGGAUGUAAAAAUGGAUGUUGUAAGUAACUUAGUCCUUGAAAACAAUUCUCUCUUGACAUUUGCACUCUGAUCCCUGUAUAAUCUGUAAAUGUGUAUUAUUUUGAGGUACUUGUAGCUGGUAGCUUUCAUGUGUAUUUAACUUCCUUAAUGUAUGUAGCAAAUCAAUUUGUAGAAAACCCUAUUGAAUAACUUUCAAUGAUUUGUUAAAAAAUACUAAUGCAGACUCCAAAAGAAGCUGAUUAUUUAUCAGUCAGGUGGCAAACAUUUAAGCAUUUAAAUAAGGAUAGAAUUAUUAACUGCUUGAAUUAAAUUUGUUUUUGUUAAAUCAUCAUAUUAAGAUAUUGCCUUUCCCCACAGAGAGAAAUAGUUUAAUGUAUUCUCUCUGCAGAAGGCUGUUAUGUUUCCAUUUAAUUUUGCUGUCUGAGCUGAGAGCAAAUUAAAUGUUCCUCUUUAAGUGCUGAAACAUUUAUGUAAAAACUUUUGCUGGUUUGGACACCUUUAUUAAAUACUGUAGAUAUGUAUAAAA